GCCCAGGGCCGGCGAGCGGCGGCGAUGGCGGGCGUGCCGUGGGCCGAGGUGCGCGAGAAGUUCCAGGCGGCGCUGGCGCUGGCGCGCGUGGAGCUGCGCCGGAACCCCGAGAAGGAGCCCUACCGCUCCAAGUACGGCGCGCGCGCGCUGCUGGAGGAGGUGAAGGCGCUGCUGGGCCCCGCGGCCGGGCCGGACGACGAGGACGCGCCGGGCGCCGAGCCCGAGGAGGCCGCGCGGGGCCUGGGCCUGGGCCUGGGCCUGGGGGCGCCGGGGGCGCCGGACGUGGACCUGGCGCUCGUGCGGCGGGCGGUGAUCGAGUUCUACCUGGGCGUGAACCACAUCGACACGGAGGAGCUGUCGGCCGGCGAGGAGCACCUGGCCAAGUGCCUGCGCCUGCUGCGCCCGGCCCGCCUGGCGCACGACUGCGUGUCGCUCUACAUCCAGGCGCAGAAUAACCUGGGCAUCUUGUGGUCUGAAAGAGAAGAAAUUGAAACCGCUCAGACUUACCUGGAAUCCUCAGAAGCACUUUAUAAUCAGUACAUGAAAGAGGUUGGGACUCCCCCUCUCGACCCCACUGAGCACUUUCUUCCCGAAGAGGAAAAACUUGCCGAGCAAGAGAGAGCCAAGAGAUUUGAGAAGGUCUAUACGCAUAACUUGUAUUACCUGGCCCAAGUCUACCAGCACCUGGAGCUGUUCGAGAAGGCAGCUCACUACUGCCACAGCACCCUGAAACGACAGCUGGAGCACAGCGCCUACUACCCCAUGGAGUGGGCGGUCAACGCAGCCACCUUGUCCCAGUUCUACAUCAACAAGCUUUGCUUCAUGGAGGCCAGGCACUGUUUGUCAGCUGCUAAUGUCAUUUUUGGCCAGAUUGGAAGGCUCCCAACUACAGAAGAUGCUACCGAAGCUGAAGGAGAAGUUCCGGAACUCUACCAUCAGCGGAAGGGGGAGAUAGCCAGAUGCUGGAUCAAGUACUGCUUGGCUCUGCUGCAGAACGCCCAGCUCUCCAUGCAGGAUAACAUAGGCGAGCUCGAUCUGGACAAACAGUCCGAGCUGAGAACGCUCCGGCAGAAAGAACUGGACGAGGAGGAGAGCGCGAGGAAGCGAGCCGUGCAGUUCGGCACAGGAGAGCUGUGCGACGCCAUCUCGGCCGUGGAGGAGAAGGUGGGCUACCUGCGGCCGCUGGACUUCCACGAGGCCCGCGAGCUCUUCCUGCUGGGCCAACAGUACGUCUCCGAGGCCAAGGAGUUCUUCCAGAUCGACGGCUACGUCACGGAUCACAUCGAAGUGGUGCAGGACCACAGUGCGCUGUUCAAGGUGCUGGCCUUCUUCGAGCCGGACCUGGAGAGGCGCUGCAAGAUGCACAAGCGCCGCAUCGCCAUGCUCGAGCCCCUCACCGUGGACCUGAACCCCCAGUACUACCUGCUGGUCAACCGGCAGAUCCAGUUCGAGAUCGCGCAGGCCUACUACGACAUGAUGGACCUGAAAGUGGCCAUCGCCGACCGGCUGCGGGACCCCGACGCGCACAUCGUGAAGAAGAUCAACAGCCUCAACAAGUCGGCGCUCAAGUACUACCAGCUUUUCCUCGACUCCCUGCGGGACCCCAACAAAGUCUUCCCUGAGCACAUCGGGGAGGACGUGCUCCGGCCUGCCAUGCUCGCCAAGUUCCGCGUCGCGCGCCUCUACGGCAAGGUCAUCACAGCCGACCCCAAGAAAGAGCUGGAGAACCUGGCCACAUCCCUGGAACACUACCGGUUCAUCGUGGAUUACUGUGACCGGCACCCCGAGGCGGCCCAGGAGAUCGAGGUGGAACUGGAGCUGAGCAAGGAGAUGGUGAGUCUGCUCCCCACCAAGAUGGAGCGCUUCCGGGCCCAGAUGGCCCUGCCCUAGCCCCGUCAGGGGACCAGCCAGCCGCUGGUCUGGUUCCAUCCUGGUAUGGCCCUGUCUGGCCCACCAGCUACUCUGUGCUAGGACCUGAUCCACACGAUAACUGACAAGCGAAGUCUAAUUAUGUGAAUGGCCUUGUUCAAAUAAUAUCAUUGGUAUUUUAGGUCGCUCCUUUCCUACUAAAAUAUAAGAAACCUUUCCUGCUUCCAGUCCCGUAGGCAAAUUCUUAGUUGCCUCGAAUUUGGUAAAACUUAAGAAAAAAUACUGGGUGAUAAGCCUGUUACUGUACUAAAGUUAAAAUGUUAAAGAUGUAACUUCCUAUU